UCUGUCACCAGAACCACAAAAACACCCUUAAGGGGAGCGUCCGGUCUGGAGACGAAAAAAAAUGAAAAAUAAUGACUUUUUGUGAAAAAAAUAUAUGUGGUAGGUAUACUUGUUGGCAGCAAUCUCGUAAAGAUUUAAGGGGAAAUGCCCCAUAGUUUCCCUUUAAAUGGCAUUUAAAUGUCACGCAAUCAACCACGUGCGUUUGUUUACAUCAGCAGAGUAAGUUUUUCUUACCCAAUACUACGAAAAAACGCUAAAAUCUGAACUUUUUUUUGCUUGGAUACGAUAUGGCAACACUCAAGGCGAGUGUGUGUGUGUGUGAUACUAGCUCCCAGCAAGGAUCCUGCCUCCUCAGUGCUCACGUAGCUCUUGUCACGGGAGGUUGUUGCUCAGUCUCUCGCGACUUCUCCCACUCUCACAGCUACUAAGCGCGUUAUUUCGCCACUACAAACUACAAUCUACCUCCUGCCAACCAUGCCACGGUUGUCUAAGAGAAAGCAGCAGAGCAGGGAUGCCUGGGGCGUGAAGUUGGAUACAGAAAGGGGAAAAAUACCUCGCCUGGAGCCGCCAGUCGAGCCGCCAGUCACAGCAAGAUGUGGUCACAGCAAGAUGUGGUCACGGGCAAGCAAAACAAAGUUUUCUGGCUUGAAAAGACUCUCAUUUGUUGCACAGUCAGCAAUACUGGACCAUAAUUAUGGUUACAGGAAAGCCUGUUUGCUGCCAGCAUUGAAUAUCAAUACGAAGGCGCUAAGAAGAUCUCUCACAACAGAAGAUGAAGAAAGAAAGAGGCACCACGAAGUCCAGAUGAAGCCGAAAAGAAAGCAGAAAGAGAAAGCAUCAGCAGAGUACGAACCUGGUGGCUUCUAAAAAACCUGGCAACAAAGAGAAGUGUGGGCAACUUUGACACCCCUUGCUUGACAAGAUAAUACAUUGCCUUUUCGAAGGCAAUGGGGGACCAGGAGCCUGAUAUACUUAGAAAUACAUCUGAUUGUAUCAAUAGAUUGAUUAUGAUAAAAAAGAACUCAUAAUAAACCUGAAAAAGCUUCCUAGUGUAUUAUAACUGGAUCGUAAUCGAUCAAUAAACUUUAUCGGCCCGUAUCUCAAAACAUAAGUUAUCCCCCUUUAAAAGUUUUCACAGGAGUUAGUUUUAGCUUGAUUUCAAUGAAACAAAAACUAAAACACAGAAGAAUACUUCUUCUUCAAAGUUACGUAGGCGUUUUUUUUAUAUAGGUCUCAUGUAAUUUUGUAUUAAUAUUUUUUUGGUAAAAAAAAGGCGAAAGAAAGACAGAUAAAGAAAAAAUCAUAAAACAAAACCAAAAGCCAAAAUGAAAAAUCUGCCUACGUAACUUUGUUAGGUAUCAUAACAUCUCUAAGCCACAGAAAAAUAAAGGUUGUGGGCCAAUUAAUAACGACGGUGAAAAGUUUUAAAAUUUUCCUUGAAAUUGGAAUUGGGGGGGGUGGGGAUGAGGGGGGGUGGGGGCAAGAAAGGGGAUCAAUGUCUAAUAUUGAUAUACAUGUUGCCAAUACUUCACAACAUAAAAAUCAGAGCGAUUCAUGCUUAUUUAGCAGAGAUACAGAAACACCCAUCCAAACCGGACUCUCCCCUUAAAAACCCGUGUCACUUCAACUACAGCCUUUGGAAUGUAGAAAUGUUGUUAAUCUGUCACCAGAACUGUAGUCGCAGCGGCUGGGCAUGAGUUGGCUCUCAGGUGAUCUGUUUUACCAAUCACACCAUCAUCGUAGGGUAGAGGAGAGGCAGUUCUCCCUGACACGUUUAUUGAUGAGGUAGGCACGACCGUAACAACUGCGGACAAGUUCUCUGUCUCAAUUUCUUACAAGAUAACGUUACACGCUGAUAUUAAACACUUUCAACAUAUUACAGUAUUCAUUAACAAUACAUGCAGUCAACUUGGCACUAUGACAAGCAGUUUUUACCACAAAAUUAAAGUAUUUACCUCGGUCACCAUCCUGCCCGUCUUUGUCUGAGCGCGACUUGGCCGUGAGUGAUGCCCGCAGGCGACCAGCAGGUUAACCCCACACUACCAACAAGUGAGCAUCGGCUUUGUGCUCAAUAUAGCACUGAAUACUGAUACUCACACAUGUUACACGUUUUCAUGCAAAUAGAAGACUAUUGAACAUUUCACUUAUAAAUGCCGAGGAAUAAUGACGUGAGGUACAAACGCUUUACAUACAGUAACACAGUCCAUUUACCAGGCUUUACUACUGCUUCCUUUCUUCAGUAUUACCAAAGUUUACUCAGCUGAACCUUUUAUUUCAAAGUGAAAGAGUGGUCAUAACUGAAUUGCACAGGCAGGUUUGUAAUUUAUAUUAAGAAUUGCUACUGAUGUACAUGAACCAUGAAUACAUUGUGAAAACCAUGCUUUCAAAAGUUGAUCCAAGAUAUCAACGUGAGUUCCUGAUGCUAGAGCAGGUGUAUUUGGGUGCAUCUGUCUUAAAAACAGUAACAGACAAUCCAGAAUUAAGCAAGCAAAAAAAGGAAAUGUACGAGUUUGGCUUCCACUGCAGAUUAUUUUUGAUAGUAGCAGCAGAACAGAUCAGGAAGAGAUUUCAUUUCUGAGAUGAAGAAGUCCUUUCAAGAAUGCACAUGCUGGAGCCAGCCAGUGUUCUAGGCAUCCAGGGCAAAGUGCAAGAGCAAAGUGUGGUGCCCCUCGCGACACACCUUCCCCGAAUCAUUGCCCAGGAUGAUUCUACCCUCCAGCAACUGGACGAUGAGUGGAAGAGGCUUGCCGUAGAAGAUCUGCCUGAAUCCAUUACCAACAUGGCGAAAAAAGUGGACAAAAGCAAUUACAACCAGCCUGAUAAAUUUUGGUGUGCCAUAAAAACUCUGGAGGAUAGUGAUGGAAACCCCAAGUUUAAGCUUGUUUCAGACUUUUCACUAGGAUGUCUUUCUUUGCCUCAUGCUAAUGCUGACUGUGAGUGCUGCUUCUCUAGUGUAAACCGUGUGAAAACAAAAGACAGAAAUAAGCUAAUAACAGAAACCGUAAGAGACAUGAUCCUAGCGAAGCAGUGUGUUGCGUCCACAUCCAGCAGUGACUGUACGACCUUCAAGCCAUCAAUCAAAGUCAAUGAUAAAAAACAUGACAUCAAGAGUGCUAUAUUCCUCCAAUGAAGAGAGUGCCGGGGCUGCUGACGACGUGCCCCAUGUAUAUAUAGAAGAACAAGACCAGUAAUCUCCUACAUACAUCAAGAUCAAGAUCAAGUCUGGUGGAGGGAACAGAGGCGGCGUCCCCGUGGUGCUGUGGUCAGUGGUCAGGUCACGGCGAGUGUGCGGCAGAUUGCGCCUGUGUUUGAGCUGGCCUGGGUCACCUGUGGCCACCUGGCGGACUGGCGGCGCCUCCCUGGCCUCACCUGAGGGCGUGCAGGACAGCAGUGGCGAGACGGCAAGACCCCACCAGCAAGUCCAUUCUGCCCCAGAGCCCCUCGGGUCAGUGGCCGGCAAGUCCUCCCGUCCAUUCUGCCCCAGAGCCCCUCGGGUCAGUGGCUGGCAAGUCCAUUCUGCCCCAGAGCCCCUCGGGUGCCAGGUCUGCGUCCAGCGAAGGGACUCCCUCCGUGCAUCCUCGGCGCAGCCCCAGGGUUCCUGCAGGACCGGCCGCGGCCAGGAGCAGUGUUGCAAUGGAGGAUGUGACGCCAGGCAGCAGCAGCAGCAGCAGCAGCAGCAGGAACAGCUGGGAGCAGCAGGCGACCCCAGGCGUGAGGACCUACACUUGUGACCACUGCGGCAAAGUGUGCUCCACCAAGGCUGCCAUUGCCAGACACGUCCUCUCCCAUGCCGGCAAGACAAGGCUGAGAGGCAGGAGUGGCCCCACUGAACACACUGCCACCCACACUGGCGGCAGGAACCACAAGUGUGACCACUGCGGGAAGACAUUUGCCAAGAAGAGUCAUCUUGCAUCACACAUCCUCACCCACACUGGGGAGAGAAAGUUCCAGUGCCUGGAGUGUGGGAAAAGAUUUACCCUAAAAGGUAAUCUUGACACACACAUCCUCACCCACACUGGGGAGAGAAAGUUCCAGUGCCUGGAGUGUGGGAAAAGAUUUACCCGGAAGUAUUCCCUUGACACACACAUCCUCACCCACACUGGGGAGAGAAAGUUCCAGUGUCUGGAGUGUGGGAAAAGAUUUACCCUAAAAGGUAAUCUUCACACACACAUCCUCACCCACACUGGGGAGAGAAAGUUCCAGUGCCUGGAGUGUGGGAAAAGAUUUAUUCAUAAAGGUCAUCUUAAUCAACACAUCCUCACCCACACUGGGGAGAGAAAGUUCCAGUGCCUGGAGUGUGGGAAAAGAUUUACCCUGAAGCGUUCUCUUGACUUACACAUCCUCACCCACACUGGGGAGAGAAAGUUCCAGUGCCUGGAGUGUGGGAAAAGAUUUAUUCAUAAAGGUAAUCUUGACAGACACAUCCUCACCCACACUGGGGAGAGAAAGUUCCAGUGCCUGGAGUGUGGGAAAAGAUUUACCGAUAAAGAUAAUCUUAACAAACACAUCCUUAUCCACACUGGGGAGAGAAAGUUCCAGUGCCUGGAGUGUGGGAAAAGAUUUACCCAGAAAGGUAAUCUUGACAAACACAUCCUCACCCACACUGGGGAGAGAAAGUUCCAGUGCCUGGAGUGUGGGAAAAGAUUUACCCAGAAGGGUUCCCUUGACACACACAUCCUCACCCACACUGGGGAGAGAAAGUUCCCAGGCCUGCAGUGUGGGAAAAGAUUUGCCCUGGCAAUACCAGUGGUGACUUGUGGGUGUGGUGUGGUGACUGGCCACAACAUUACUGCCACAAACCAGCUGGCAAUACCAGUGGUGACUUGUGGGUGUGGUGUGGUGACUGGCCACAACAUUACUGCCACAAACCAGCUGGCAAUACCAGUGGUGACUUGUGGGUGUGGUGUGGUGACUGGCCACAACAUUACUGCCACAAACCAGCUGGCAAUACCAGUGGUGACUUGUGGGUGUGGUGUGGUGACUGGCCAAAAGGUUUAUCCUGCAAUGUAAUGUUGACAAACAUCCUCACCCACACUGUGGUAAGGAAGUACAGGUGUGGUGUUUGUGGCAGUGUUUGUGUAGCAAGAGUGGUGUUGCCAGACACAUCCAAACACACCUGUGGUGGGUGAGGUGUUGUGGAUGUGGUGGUGGUGUGUGAGGGACUUGGAGUGACUAGUGUUUGUGUGUUGUUACUUUGUACUCAAGUGUUGGAAUAAACUUUUGUUGCUAGAAUGCUGAGUUAUGUUGUUAACAGUACUUGAUGUGUGUGUGUGUGUGUGCGUGUGUGUGUGUGUGUGUGUGUGUGUGUGUGUGUGUGUGUGUGUGUGUGUGUGUGUGUGUGUGUGUGU